AUGGGUUCCACUGACAGAUUAUGCAGGGACGAUGUUGGACGUGAUGUUGAUCCAACACUAUACAGAGGAAUGAUUGGCAGUUUGCUUUAUCUAACUGCAAGUAGACCUGAUAUUCUGUACAGUGUAGGAGUGUGUGCUAGGUACCAAGCUCAGCCAAAGGAGUCACAUUUGAAGGCUGUUAAACGCAUCAUACGCUAUGUUGCUGGAACAUCUGAACUUGGAAUGUGGUAUUCCAAAGACACUAACUCUAACAUUGUCGGAUUUAGUGAUGCUGAUUGGGCAGGUGAUGCUAAUGACAGAAAAAGUACAAGUGGAGGAUGUUAUCUCUUGGGAAACAAUGUUGUGUCCUGGUCAAGCAAGAAACAAAAUUGUGUUUCGCUCUCUACUGCUGAAGCCGAAUACAUUGCUGCUGGCAGUUGUUGUGCCCAACUUCUUUGGCUCAGACAGAUGUUGGACGACUAUGGUAUGGAAAGUAACAUUUUGACUGUCAUGUGUGACAACACUAGUGCUAUAGAGAUUUCUAAGAAUCCUGUUCAACACUCUCGCACAAAGCACAUUGAUAUUCGUCAUCAUUUUAUAAGAGAUCUUGUUGAGAAAAAGCUCAUUGUGUUGGAAUACAUUCCUACUGAAAAACAACUUGCUGAUAUUUUUACCAAGGCUUUAGAUUUUGAGAGAUUCUCCCAUCUUAGGAAGUCUCUUGGUUUGUGCUGCAUUUAA